CAUCCCUGAACUGUUUUCAGUUCCCAGCACUGCAUGUGCAUGGAUUCUCUAGUAGUGUGAUGCUAGGCUGCUCCUCAUGCAUCCCCAUGUCCUGCUUCCAAACAGGUGCACCUCCAUUCCUGAGACAUGUCCUGCUGUGACCAGUGCGUGCCAUGCCGGCCCUGCGGCCCGACUCCUCUGGCCAGCAGCUGCAAUGAGCCCUGUGUCAGGCAGUGCCAGCCCUCCACCAUUGUCAUCCAGCCCUCUCCCGUGGUGGUGACCCUGCCCGGACCCAUCCUCAGCUCCUUCCCUCAGAACACCGCCGUCGGAUCCUCCACCUCCGCUGCUGUUGGCAGCAUCCUCAGCUCUGAGGGUGUGCCCAUCACGUCGGGGGGCUUGGACCUCUCCUGCAUUUCCAACCGCUACUGUGGCAGAAGGUGCCCCCCCUGCUAAAUGUGCUGCAUGCUGACCCAGGCAAGGACCCCCAGGAAUGCUGAACGUGGCAUUGGACAGAAGAACAAAUGUUUUGUUGCUGUUUUUGCUCUGCAAGACAGACAUGUAGUGGCCAGUAUGGCAUCUCUGUUAACAUGGAGAAAGUCUACUGAUACUCAUUGCUCACUCUUUCUAUCUAUUAUAAUUUUUUUCAUUUCCCUUUA